AUGAUGAGAGUAUUUUCUUUCAUUAUUGUCUUGUUUCAUCUUGCUUGGACAAGCUAUGGUUUCGAAUUGCCCACUGAAAUCCGCAUCGGAGCCAUAUUUGGCUUGGGAGAUACAUUAUCUCGUCAGGCAUUUGAGUAUGCCGUAGCGAAGAUUAACACUCAAUCACAAAUCUUUGCACAUUCAAGACUUGUUGUUGUGAAUAUCGAUAUGGUCGAUGUCCAUGAUAGUUUCUCUGCGUAUAAAAUGGUCUGCGCACAAUUGCAGAAAGGUAUUGCUGCAAUAUUCACCGGUCGAUUAAGUCCUGCUAUUGAAUUUAUCAGUUCAUUGACCCGUCAAUUGCACAUCCCAUUAUUUUUAUCUUCACCUGAUUCUCAAACAAAAGUUGAAUAUUACACCAUGAAUGUCUAUCCGCAUUAUACUGCCACAAGUCAAGCAUAUAGUGAUCUAAUAAAAUUCCAAGAAUGGGAGGAAUUAGCGAUCAUCACAGAACAUGCUGAAAAUUUACUUUAUUUGCAAGAUUUACUUAAAUUGUCGUCGGAUAGUAAUCAAAUGAAAGUCACAGUUAGACAGUUACGAGGUCGACCAGGAGUUGACAAUUGGGUACCACUUUUAAAACAGUUACAAGAAACAGGAAUAUCGAAAUUUUUAAUUGACGUAUCAACGGAUAAUCUGGAUGAUUUUUUCAAACAUGCAAAGAUUGUGGGUUUGGUCGGACCUUACUAUGAUUUUGUUCUAACUUCAUUAGAUAUUUCGGCGGUCAAAUGGAGUAAAAUUCUAUAUACGUUAGUGAACAUUACCGGUUUACAAUUUUUCGGUCGAGAAGAUCCUGCUGUUGAUGAGUUCUUUGAUCCUAACGACAAUCAUUUCAAUAUUAAUGCUCCAUUACUUGCAAAUGAACGUUCACUAAGAGCAUCUGCAGCGCUCAUCUAUGAUUCGGUUUACUUCUUUGCUCGUGCGCUCGGCAGCUUUGUCGAGCAACACCCAUUCAAUAUUACACCGUUAAUAUGUGAUGCACAAAAACCAUGGAGGCAUGGCGCAGCAUUUUCACUGUUUCUGAAAAAAUUUGAAGCAAAUGGAAUAACAGGAGCGAUCAAAUUUGAUGAGAAUGGCCUGCGAACUGAUGUGUCCUUUGAAGUUGUUGACCUGGCCGCCAAUGGUGUAUCGAAAAAUGGGAAAUGGUCGGCCAAUACACCAGAUCGAUUGGAAAUUCGACGAAAUUUUACAAAAGAUUACGAAACGAGAAAACAAGAGAUACAGAAUCAAACAUUGAAAGUCACUACAGUUAUUGAACCGCCUUACGUCAUGUUAGCUCCGAAUGAUACGAAUUCCACGCAGAAAUUUGUUGGUUUUUGUAUCGAUAUUUUACUUGAUUUAUCUACGAGACUUAAUUUUUCAUUUGAAAUUGAAAUAGUCAAAGACAAAACAUUCGGAAAGAAGAACGAACAAGGAGAAUGGAAUGGUAUUAUCGGAGAACUAGUCAAUCGUAGAGCUGAUUUAGGUUUAGCCGGAUUAACAAUAACUUAUCAACGUGAGCAGGCGAUUGAUUUCACCAAACCAUUUUUAACUCUGGGAAUCAAUAUUCUUUUCAAAAAAGCAAAACGCGAAAAGCCGAAACUAUUUGGAUUUUUCCAACCCUUAAGUUUGGCAGUUUGGCUCUACAUGAUCGCUGCUUAUUUUGCUGUCAGUUUUGCGCUGUAUCUCGUGGCGAGAUUAUCUCCAUACGAAUGGCGUAAUCCACAUCCAUGUAAACGGACUCAUGAAGAAUUAGAGAAUCAGUUCACUUUUUUCAAUUCACUCUGGUUUCUCAUUGGGAAUAUCAUGCAGCAAGGUACUGAUUUGAACCCUACGGCGCCUUCGACACGGAUGAUCAGUUGUUUAUGGGCUUUUUUUACAUUGAUUUUGGUUUCAUCCUAUACAGCUAAUUUAGCUGCUUUUUUGACUGUGCAACGUAUGCAGACACCAAUUGAGAACGCUGAAGAUCUGGCAUCACAAACGAAAAUCAUUUAUGGAGUGCAACGUGGUGGUUCAACUGAAAACUUCUUCCGGGAAUCCAAAAUACCGACAUAUGAACGAAUGUGGAAUUAUAUACUAGUUAACCACGCGACAGCUACUGUUGCAUCGAGUACAGAAGGUAUCAAUAGAGUCUUAGCUGGUAACUAUGCUUUUCUCAUGGAAUCAACGACGAGUGAAUAUAACAUUAUGAGAAAUUGUGAUUUAACAUCGAUUGGCGGUUUACUUGAUUCGAAAGGAUAUGGCUUCGGCGUACCACAGAAUUCUCCUUAUCGUGAUAUAUUGAGUGAUACAAUUUUAAAAUUACAGGACGAAGGCGUCAUACAAAAAUAUUACAACAAAUGGUGGAAAGAAGCUGCUAAUUUAAAAUGUGAUCAAGAAGACAAACGAAAAGACACAGCAGCUGAAUUAGGUUUCGCUAACAUUGGUGGUAUAUUUGUGAUGCUUGCAGUUGGUUUGCUCGUAUCAAUGGCUGUUGCUGCCAUAGAAUUUAGUAUUAAAAUACGUAAUCGCAAAGGAAGACAAAUUUCUAUUCGCGAAGAAAUGCAACGUUACUUUCGUUUUGCUAUAUUUAAUGUCAGUGCUUCGAAACGACGAGCAAGUAUAUUUAUCAGAGAUGUUCCAUUACUUGAUGAACAUCAUCAAGAAGCUGAACACAUAAAACAUUGA